AUGGACCACAGCGGUGCUCCUGCUAUAGCAUCAGCAGCCAGCCAAAUGGACCACAGCGGUGCUCCUGCUAUAGCAUCAGCAGCCAGUCAUAUGGACUACAGCGGUGCUCCUGCUAUAGCAUCAGCAGCCAGCCAAAUGGACCACAGCGGUGCUCCUGCUAUAGCAUCAGCAGCCAGUCAUAUGGACCACAGCGGUGCUCCUGCUAUAGCAUCAGCAGCCAGCCAAAUGGACCACAGCGGUUCUCCUGCUAUAGCAUCAGCAGCCAGUCAUAUGGACCACAGCGGUGCUCCUGCUAUAGCAUCAGCAGCCAGUCAUAUGGACUACAGCGGUGCUCCUGCUAUAGCAUCAGCAGCCAGUCAUAUGGACCACAGCGGUGCUCCUGCUAUAGCAUCAGCAGCCAGCCAAAUAGACCACAGCGGUGCUCCUGCUAUAGCAUCAGCAGCCAGUCAUAUGGACCACAGCGGUGCUCCUGCUAUAGCAUCAGCAGCCAGCCAAAUAGACCACAGCGGUGCUCCUGCUAUAGCAUCAGCAGCCAGUCAUAUGGACCACAGCGGUGCUGUGAAGCCUUUCUGCACUGCUUUGCAUGGCUUAAUAUGCCCCUUCUGA